AUGUUUUGUGGCGCUUCAAGGUAUGCCUUCCCCAAAUUUCCUUUCUUUCCCGCAUCGUCUCCGUCUUCAUUCCUUCCUUCUCCUUCCUAUGCCCUUCCUCUCUACUUCUGUCUCCAUUCCAAUUCCACAAAUCCUCUAAGGAUUGAGGAGCUUGUCUCUUCUUUCCACGCCUUGCUUCAUAGGCAUCCCCGACCUUGUAUAGUUCAAAUCAAUAAGGCUUUAGUAUCUAUUGCACGGAUGAAACAUCAUCCUACUGCUAUCUCUCUUUUUGCACUCGCGGAAUCUAAGGGAUUCACGCCUUCUUUCGUUACUCUUGGCGUCUUGAUUAAUUGUUACUGCCACGUGGGUCAAAUGACUUUUGCUUUCUCUGUCUUCGGGAAGAUUCUUAAGAUGGGUUGUCAGCCAAAUACGAUAAUUUUGACAACACUGAUGAAGGGCCUUUGCAUCAAUGAUGACGUCGGGAAGGCCUUAGAUUUUUAUGAUGAUCUGAUAGUAAAAGGGUUUAACUUAAAUGAGGAAGGACUCAUCACAGAAGCCAGUGAUUUAUUUCAUGAAAUGAUUGGUCACGUAGUAUCUCCUAAUGCUAUGACCUACACCUCAAUGAUAAAUGGUUUGUGUUGUAUGGAUAAAUGGCCAGAAGCAGCAAAGUUGUUCAGUCAAAUGAGACUUGAAAGCAUCAACCCUGAUAUUUAUACUUUUAAUGUAUUAGUUGAUGCAUUUUGUAAGGAAGGAAGUGUUACCAAAGCUGAAGCUGUUGUUGGCAUGAUGAUGAAACACGGUAUAAACCCAAUGUAG